CCGGGGCGCGGGGAGCCGAGCGGCGGGCGCCGGGGCCGGCAUGGCGUGGCCCUGCAUCAGCCGCCUCUGCUGCCUGGCGCGCCGCUGGAACCAGCUGGACCGCUCCGACGUGGCAGUGCCGCUGACCCUGCACAGCUACUCGGAACUCGAGAGCGAGGAGCCGGGCCCGGGCGGCGCCUCCUCGCGCAGGGGCCCGUCCCCCGCCGGCGCCCGGAACCCCAGCCGGGACGUGCCGCUCACUCAGUACCAGCGGGACUUCGGCGUGUGGACGGCGCCCGCGGGGCCCAGAGAUGCGCCGCAGGAGCGCGGGCCGGGGCCAGGCGGCCGCAGGGGCAAGCCCCCCGCGCCCUCCGCCCGGGGGGUCUACGUGCUCCCCAUCGGCGACGCGGACGCGGCGGCAGCAGCGACCACGUCGUACAGACAGGAAUUCCAGGCCUGGACUGCAGUGAAGCCAUCGAGAUCCAGAAAGGCGAAACCCGCCACCGUCGUCACAACCCACAGCUCCGGAUGGGAGAGCAGCCCCGGGGCCAGUUUCCAGGUCCCUGAGGCGAGGAAGAAGUUUGCUCCUAACCCCUCAGCCAUCUUUCAGACUUCAGCUCCCCGGAUCCUCAACGUGUGACUGCCCACCAAGAGGAGAGUGCCACGGGGUGGGUCAGAGCCCGCUGCCACCAGGGGACGGGGUGAACUCUCGGACCGGAUGCUCCCCUGCUGUCAGAGGAGGGGAAGGGUCCCUCUUGUCACUGUGGGGCACCAUUCCUCUCCAAGCUGCCGCCAGGGCUGCGGGCCUGGUGCAGAGGCUCAGACGGACACGGCACCGCCCAGCUCCACUCGGGGCCUCAGCCAUCCUCUUCUUCCUCGAGAAGCGUGCAGAAGGCUUCAGAUCUGUUUUUAAUUGAUCUUAAUUUUGGCCAUCCUUCAGUUUUUAAAUCUGAAGAACUUGAGGAUCAAUUCUUUUGUGAACUGAAUUGGUCCAUCGGGGCUGAGGAACAUGGACAUUAACAGGUCCUCGAAAGAACCAGUUAUGUCCACUUUGUUUCCCCAGGUUGUAUAAUUUAUAACCUACGGUAACCCAAGGUGCUGUCCUUGGAUAGUCCUACAAAUGGCCCCACAAGUUCAAGGUGUAGAAAAAAUCUUAGGUGGUCACCCGCAUGGGACUCAUGGUGAUGCUGAGUAACCAGCAAGGAGUUUCCAAAAGAGACAAUAUCAAUCAUAGGGUUUCAAUGUCAAAGACGUAACUUCCUUAUGGCCAAGGUGACCCUUAGAUUUAAUGAAACAUUUCUUGGGAGAGUGUUUGAUGCACUGAAUGAAUGAAUGACUUUGACCUUGUGGUAGCUUUCUGAGCCCAUUUUAUUACUAAUUCUAAUUUUUUCCCUUAACAUAUUGAUGACUAGAAGGGAACUUACCAUACACACUAAGAAUUGGGAGCACUUUUGGGAAGAAGGCAGCAUUAGCCUCGUUUCCUGAAAGACCUCAAAAUGUCAUCUACAGCAACCUCUGCCCUCACGCCUGCCCUACUUUCAUACUCUCAGUCACAGGGAGCUUACUACCUGUUGAGGAAGACAGCUCUCUCCAGACAUUUGUGCUAAAUUCCAGCCAGUGAGGCCACAUGGAACAAGCCUGGUCCCCUGUUUGCACAGCAGUCCUUUAAACAUUUGAAGGAAUUUAUGUUCCUUCUUAGAGACUAGGGGCACAAGCUUCGGAUAGUUUUUGGCAAGGAAACUCAGGAUUUCCCCGUGGGUCUUUAUCCCUCUCCAGCCCACACGGGCUCCAGUCUGGUGAGCACUUACUUAAGCUGCAGGAGGGGGAUCUGGGUUUUGGAGCCGCCUCAGCGUGGAGGCGAGGCCGUGUUUCCAGCUCAGGCUGCAAAGGGGGCCAUCCCCUGAGGUGCUAGCUCCGGCAGGCACAGCCCCUCCCUCACUCCAGCAGAGGAAAUGCUCGGAGAGAAUCAUUUGAAAGGGAAAACCAAAACCAUAUGGUUACACAAAGGUUCUAUUAUUUCAGAUGUCAUUGGUUCGCAUGUUAGAUGUUUUGGAGAGAAAAGAGCCUGCCCACUGGGCAUUCUGUGGGAAGUGCACAGAUUCACUGUACAAUCUCAGAUCUUACUAAAAUGCAGAAAUGCACUGUUUCCAUUUCUUGUCACUUUAUUUCUUUAAAUUAAUUAUAAACAAGCACCUUCUCA